AUGUUUUUUGACAGUAGAAAAUACGAAAAAACGUUUUUUGAGAAAAUUUUUUUUAUUAAAUUUGAAAAUCUUUUAAAUGAUUACAUAGUAAAUGAGCAAGUUAAAAGAAUUUUUUUAUUUUUAUUUGAAAGUUUUUUUUUUAUGGAACUUGUUCGUUUAUGUGAUGAAUUUUAUACACUUUCUAAGUUAUUUUCAUUCACAGGAGUAGAUUAUUUUGUAGGUUUGAAUGAGUACUCAAAAUCUUUUAGCUUGCUAUGUGACUUUUCUAACCCAUUAUUAAUGGAAGUGAUGGAAGGGUUUGUAUUUUUUUUAAAUGGUGGUAUGGAAAGUAUUUAUAAUACUCUUGGUCUAUUCAUAAUAGUAUGUAGUUUCUCUUUGAAUAAUCAAUAUUCAAAAGAAUUAAUUUUAAUGUAUUUAUUUGCAAUAUUGACAUUCGCUUUUGUAUUUAUAGUAUUAGGUGAGGAAAACGUGUGUUUAUGUUGUAAGUAUAUUAUAUUGUGUUUUAUGGUAAUCAACGCAAUGGUAACAGUGACAACUAUCAGUAUUAAAAAACGUGAAGAUAUUUCAAUCUUGUAUACCUUUUUAUUACUAUUAUUUUUUUUAAUUCUUUCUUUAAUAGCACUACAUACAGUAGUUGAUCCUGUUUUUGAAGGCCCUUUAAGGGUAGCUAUAUUUUUUUCGUUAAUUUUAUAUGUAGCUUAUCUGUUCGGAUCUUUUUUUGACUACAACAAGUAG